AUGGAUUCCAUACCACGGUUUCAAGGGAAGAAUCGUUCUCUGCGACGACGGAGGGACAGUCAGUUGAUAUCCGUCGCGCUGCGCUUUGUCCCCGAAAAGCUCCGCCCUCUGCUGGAAUGCGUCAUAAGAACCCAUGAACCACCAUAUACGCCCGAAUUCUACGUGGUCGAAGACGUCCUCGAGAUACUGGCAAUGCGUAUGAGCGUGAUGGAACCGUCUGAGAGACCUGCCGUUGCGGCAGAUUUGGCUCUGCUGGUGACCAAUGUGCUCAGGAGCAGUCGGGCAAAUACUGUUCAGAUCAACCAGGCCACCAUCGUGCGAAUACUAGAAGCUCUUCCCGAAGCCUCUAUCGGGCCUUGGUAUCAGCAGCUCCGCGAUACUCAUUGCAACCUGCACACCAAUACCGAGCUCCAAUUCGCAAGUCGUCUAGCCAAGUCGCCAUCGACAAAGAAAUUGAGUACUCAGGUGCUGCUCGGCCUCACAAGCGCAGGCACAGUGGACAUCAACAGUCCUGUGGCGGCCAGCGUGUGCACUUCAAUUUUAACAUUCAGAAAGGAAGAUCUCGCAGCGCUAGAUGGUCAGUCUGCCACUCCCGCAGACUUGUUUGGCACUCUCCACAGUAUUGGAAUGGUUCCCGACGUCGUCACCUACUCUGCUAUCAUGCGGGCCCUCUGCUUGAGGGGGGAUCUCAAGGCGGCUCUAGACGUUUUCGAGGUCAUGAAACAACACGGCGUGCAACCGGACGCGGUCACCUUCUCCGUCCUAAUUCACGGCUGCAAGAUGUGCGGAGACUUUGACACUUUGUCUGAGCUCACGAUCCAGGCGUGCUUUGCAAACAUUCGAGAUCCUAUCGUCUGGAAUGAUGUGCUUCAUGCCUUGUACAUAAGUUGCUUACGCGCGCGCAAAGACAGGCAGGGACCGCGUCGAACCGCCCUGUUCGCCCUGAAUUCGAUCUACACCCGGAUCUUCGAUCCCAAGCCUAUCAGGCCGUUCAUCACAAAACGUCUUGUUGAGAUGGGUGAUUUCGCAACGCUUCAGAGUUGGGUUCCCGAGAACAUGACGCGCAUAGCUGCGGAAGUCCCGCCUCUUCCUCCUCAAGAACUCGUGCAGCCAGGAUCGGACACGCUCGCCAUCAUGAUCCUAGGGCUCAUUCGGUCCCUCCCGAUGCCAGCAGACGUCGUCAUAUUCUACUCCCACUUCAGACAGAUGCUCGCAGAGGGCCAUCCUGUUGCAGAGCUUAUGGUACGAGAGCGGGGGACUUUUGUUCAUGACGUUGUUCUCAGAAACUUGAUCAAGUGGCGAGGCACUUUACGAAUCGCGCUCGACAUCAUUCGAGAUAUGGUGAGGGAUGUUGGCCAAGACUCCACUUCGGAAGUCGGGCAUUCUGAUUCUAUGUCGACUACUCGGCAGACGUCGGUCCUCGGCCGACGGAGACCUCCGAUCCGCCACCCAGCCCCAAGUGUUUACACCUGGAGCAUCCUCAUGCAUGGAUUCAUGAGGCACAAACAACCUGAGGAAGCUGAGCGUGUCAUCAGCCUUAUGCGCGAGCACGGGGUGGAGCCGAAUGCUGUCACGUGGAAUACCCUCGCAGCUGGUUACGCCAAGAUGGAGAAGAUACCCAAAGCAGUGGAUGCAAUGCGCCGUCUCGAGACCGAAGGCUUCCAGGCUGACGACUGGACACUGCGUGCGUUUUCGUAUAUCAACCACAAGGCAAAAGCCAUAAAGUUGAUGGAGGCUACGGUCGAGGCCAACAAGCUCAAGAAGAUGGCGUUAGAGCAGCAGCAGCAGCAGCAGCAGCAAGAAUACGAUCAGGACAUGGCAUUCGAGGAACAGUGGCCAGCCGAGCAGGUGCCGGACCAGACGCAGCAAGACGAUGGGGCUGCGGACGUAGACGCAGAGACGGAGGAAUGGCAGCACAGUGACGAUGAUGAAGAGGCCUUGGACGAGGAGCUUGAGACACGCCUGCUCCAGCUGGACCCGGCCCCGGUGCCCGAAAACGUCUCAAGAAAGAUGCUCCUUGAGGCACAGAAGAUGGAGAACAUCGCGCCGGUCAAUCAGGGGCCACAGCUCGCCGAGUGGGCGCGCAUCCGGCGAGACGGCCUUAGUGCUGUGUCCGGUUCCACAACGCCGCAUGGCGUGGAAAGUCGGUCCCCGUUGGGUGGACUGACACCCACAUACACAGAAGAUGUAAAGAAGAAUGUAGGGCGGGGGCUAUAA